CAGUGGAGCAACUAUUUAAAUCCGAAGAGAUUUACCACGCAGGCGUCUCAAAUCGCCACAGCGGGAAUUUAUCUCCCACGGCAGGAUUAUAUUUCUACGUCUAGUUUAUGUUUGCGUCCGAACAGUCAUUUCUCGCCUCUUGUUCGCUUUUGUGGGUGAGAUGUAGGACGCAAGGCGAGUAAAACAAUACAUUGCGACGUUGGCGUAAAAAGCGCCUUCUCACCAGUUGGCUCCCGCCGGCUAACUUCCAGCUAGCAUAAAACCCUCGCCUUUAUCGACACUUUUCCCGAUUAAGUGUGUCAUUUCCAAGCCGGCAUGUCGCAGAAGAAACGACCGUCCAGCUCUCAGAGGUCCUCGCAGGGCAAGAGACUCAGCGGUGCUUUGAGGGGGGAUGAGGAUGCGACAUUCACUCAGCCAAGCAUGUCCCAGGUCCAGAAAGGUCUGGAGAAGCUCUCACCUUCCCAGGUUAACCAAAAGAUGUCUGCCUGUCUUUCAGACAGUUGAGGUGGUUCAGUAUUUCUUGGUGAAGGAUCAGAAGAAGAUUCCUAUACGUAGAGGAGACCUGAUCAAAAAUGUCAUCAAAGAGAACCGAAACAUCUACCCAGAGAUAAUGAGGCGAGCGGCACACACCUUGGACCAGGUUUUUGGUCUGAAGCUGGUUGAAAUUGACACCAAAACUCACUUGUACAUCCUCAUCAACAAAUUGGAAGCUGCAGCCGGAGGCCCGUCUCUCAGGUCCGCCAACCCAAAGACAGGACUGCUCUUUUUGAUCCUGAGCGUCAUCUUCAUGAAAGGGGGCGUGGUCAGAGAAGGCCUAAUCUGGAACACGCUCAAGAAACUCAACGUUGACUCCGCUGAAAGCCAUGAAUGCUUUGGAGACGUUAAGAAGCUGAUCACAGACGAGUUUGUGCGUCAAAGGUACUUGGAGUAUGUGCGUGUCUCUCACACCGACCCACCUGAGUACGAGUUUAGCUGGGGACAGCGUGCCGACGUGGAAGUGUCCAAGACUAAAAUCCUUGAGUUCAUGGGUCAACUUCACGACCAGGACCCCCAGAGUUGGACGCAGCAGUACAGAGAAGCUCACAGCAGCCAAAACUGCAGUCAGGCCAGCACCAGCAGCCAAAGAUGACGCCACAUAUUUUUUUUUUUUUUACUCUUUUAUUGGAGGCUUCAUGUAUUUUCUCACAGUGAGGAAAACAUUCCACAUACAUGUCACAUACUCUCGUUAAAAACACUGAACAGCAUAUAUUAUUUAUUCUUUUAAUAUUUUAUAUCCUUUCAUCAGAUGUGUGGGAGAAUAAAAAGUGCUAAAUGGUUGCACUGACAUUUU